AUGCAUACGGCUUAUAGUCAUUUCAUACCAUGUACAAAACUUGUCCACCAAACACUAGAGGCGCAGAAGGCUGAAACCCCUCCCAGUGCUCACUCAUCCCCCACCCCCGCAACACCAGAGGCGCAGGAGGGUGAGAGAGAUAGGCUGCAUCAAGAGAAGCAGGCGGCAGAUAGCGCUGCUGCAAAGGCGCGUGCGCUGCAUAAGCACGCGAGAGAGCUGCAUCGAGCUACGGUUCAGAUACACGGGUAUGGGCCGGCGGCGGCAGAGACAAAGAAGAAUCAGGAGGAGAAGCAGUUUCAGUUAUAUGGAGCUUUUGACUCGGAGUACUCGGGUGCUGUGGGAGCGCAGCGAGCUGCAGCUGACAGAUUGGAUGCCAGCUUGUCGCAGGACCGCGAGGUGAAAGCCCCACCACUCCCUCCAAAAAGAAGGAAUUCAACCCCAGGAGUUACCAAGACUUCCCCACCUCCGAAGAAAAGGAGGAACUCAGAUCCCGGGCAGCGCAAAGACGGGAACACACAUCCCCUACAAUUAUUCACUCCAGUCACCACUCCACGCGGAUCACGUCCGGCCACACCUGCCCCACAAUCGCACUCAAACGCGGGCGCCCGGCAUCAAGAGUCGAACCCGGACAUACUUUCCCCACAAGAACUGGCGCCAACAGUACACCCUGAGCGCGUAUCAAGCCCACAAAGUCAGAAUGGAAAGACACCUUCCCCAUCCUUAACUCCCAGCCCACCUACCGCACCACAGCCGAAGAAAUGGAACAGUAUGGUCGCGGGGGCAGUGAAGCAGCUAGUUCCCAAGGUGCCUGCGCCCAAACGGAACAACACAGCCAAGUGA